GCACAGGACCGGAAAGAAGGAAAAGGUCUUGCUUGUAAAUGAGCCAACAGCAGGCAGCCCGGACGACAGUGUGCAUCCACCCACCCACGCACUCACCCACGCACGAGGAGCAAAGGACACACCCAACACCCCACGCCCAACACGUACGCACGCAUGCGGGGUCGCGUGCAGCAGCCACUGCUGCUGCUGCUGCUGCAAAUAGCGGUGAUAGCAGUGGCAGCUGCCGCUUGUUGUGUGCCCGGUGUCCAGGCACUGGGCACGAAAGGUCCGUCGCCCGCGGUUGCAUUCAUGUUCAACACUGGCUCGGACACGGACGCCAUCACUGGCCUCGGCGGCACUUACAGCGGCCAGGCGCAGCUCGGCCAUGGCGGCAUCCACUUCACGGCGUCCGGCGAGGACUAUUUUACCUCAGAUGUGCUGCCGUUUGACAUGCCGGCUGAAAAGACCCUGGAAGUGUGGGUCAGGCUGGACGACCUCAACCAGCGGGCCGGCGGCGCCCUGUCAGUGCAGUCUGCAGACGGCUCACGCUACGACGGCAUCGUGUAUGCUGAGCUGGCUCCCUUUAUCUGGGAAACCGGCAGCGAAUGGGGCGAGCGCUCCCUUGACGCUGGGGAGGUUCCGUCUCCACCAGAGCGGGCGGCAGCCGGUGCACACGUGCACAUUGUGGCAACAUACAGCGCCGAUGGCUACAUCACGAUUUACCGCAACGGCCGCGUGUACGUGCCACGCUACAGGAAGGCGCCUGCUGCGGCCUUUGACAAGUCGGACGCCCGCAUCACGCUCGGCGCGCGCCACGUGCAGUUUGGCCAGCAAGUGUGGGGGCAGCUGAAGGGGCAUGUGGAGUGCGCGCGUGUGUACACGUCCACCCUGACGCAAGAGCAGAUCCAGCAGUCCUUCUCAACACGCUGCCACAGAGUGAAUCCAUUUGACUUUGUGGAGGCUGGUACGUUUGAAGGGCUGGCGCCCACGAACGUCACCUCCACCCCGGCCGUCACACCCUGGUCGAAAGUUUCCCCAUUUGGAAAGUGGAGCGCUCUCUGGACGGACGGCAGCGCCGGUCUUCCCGCCCUCGUCGUCAACACCCCAGCCCAGUUUGCGCAGGGCGUGACGGCGGCUGCGCUGCACGUGCCUUGCUCCUCGCCCGGAUUCUCUGGAAUCAAGCAGACAAUCGCCACAGAACCCGGCCACCGCUACUCGCUGUCGUUCAUCGCCGCCGUUGACGCUGCGGAUAUGAGCACGAGCAUUCAGUCCGCGUUCCAGCAGUACGCGAUCGUCACAGCAGGCAGCAUGCGACAGGUGUUUCGCCCCACGUACUCUGCUGUGGGCGGCCGGGCGUCGUGGUCGCGCUUUCGCUUCACGUUCGAUGCGACGGACACGACCACGCACGUCGCCUUUCACGCCGAGCAGGCAAACUGCAUCAUGGUGGACAAUGUGCGUGUCGUGCAGGUGUUUGACGGCGACAACCUUGUUCUUGACGGCGGAUUCGAGGAGGCCGCAGUCGAGCUCGGUGUCCCUUACGAGAGUCUCGAUGCCACCGACGCCUCCUCUGACGCAACUCCGGGCCAGGCGCUCGCCCACUGGACGGUUUCUCCGUCCUCCGGCUCCAAGCCAGCUGUCCUUCGGCCGUCCAUUCCGUUUGGGACAUCGUCUUGGGCACUCUCCCUCCAUGGACAAGCCUGCACUGCCUCGCAGUUUGCCGAAGUGUUUCAGGUCAUCCCAACUAUGCCAGGCGCCACAUACGCCGUUUCGUUCGGCAUCAUGAACAGGCGCGUGGUGGACAACAUGUCCGCUAACACAUCUACGGCGUCCAUUUCCGUUUCGUUUGGGAGUCUGAGCCAGGCCCAAUUCUUCACGCGGCGUGGACAGGCACACGGCCACUUCACAACCAGAGCAACAGCCACCACACACGCAACCACGCUGCGGCUCGCGGCCCCAGCGUCGUCGUGUGUUCUCGUGGAUUACGUGCACAUCCGCCCGCUCACCGCCGCGCCUGUCAACAUGGUCUCUGGCGGCGACUUUGAGGUGCCUGCACUCCCCAUCGGCGAUGAUGGAACCACGCGCCAGCAGCAGCAGGAGACGACAUCGCCCCUCCCGCCCGAUUCCCAGUGGUCGUCUGAUCGCGGUGUCAUUACCGGUCCGACGAGCAGUGGUGGCGGCGCCGCUGUUGGCGCACAGAACUACCGUCUGCAGCAGCUGUGCACCACAGCAGGGACCAUCAAGCAGGUGCUGCCCACGGUGGCUGGCGUUCACUAUCAGCUCUCGUUCUUCGCCCGCGCCAACGCUGCUGCACAGCUCGAUGUGGUGUCGGGAACUGUCGCCUUUGCUUCCUUGGUUGACACGUUUACGCUUGAGUCGCCUCGUCUGAGCGCGAGCGCGUAUUCAGACUGGGUUCCGUUUUCCUUCACGGUGGUCGCUGAUGAAGACAGCGAAUCGAUCGUGUUCCAUGCACAGGCCCAGCACUGCAUUGAGCUCGAUGGCAUCAGUGUUUUCCCAAUUGCUCCGCGCAACCUCUCAGUCCCAGAUGCUGCCGGGUACCCCGUGUAUGUGUCCACCGCGAGUGCCGUGACGUUUGCCGAGUUGGAGGAUGCGUGUGCCGCUCUCAACGCGGUUCCCGCCGUCAUCACCAACGACGCGGACUUUGAGGCCGCCGCUGACGCCUGCGCGUCGUUCUGUUACGUCGCGUACACACGUGCGUCCGCCAACAACGAAUGGAUGUGGGCUGGUGACGACGACAAUACGUACACAAAUUGGGCUUAUGGUGACAACACGCAGUUUGAUGUGGACGACCUGGUUGCGGCUGUUGCUGCUGGUCGAAGCGGCCUCGUUCCCGCCGGCGACGGCGACAACGCAAUCGCGGGCCUCUGCACCAGAUACACAGACUUCCGUGCAUGGGCCGGCGUGUGGAGCGUGGUCUUCGGCUCGCGCGCGCUGACGACAGACAUUGCCAUCGACGGGUCUGCGCGUGUGUGCGCAAUCACCAGUGGCAGCGGCGGAACGCAGGACCAGACGUGCACCAAUGCGGCCAUUUCGCUCGUGCGCGUGGAUGGCUUCAACGACUACUACCGCAUUGAGCAGACGGGCGGAACAGCAGCAGAGGCGGAGGAGCGCAUUGAACUCUCAGCGGAUGGCACCACCCUCACCUACCACACGUUGAACACGACGACUGGGCGGUUUGUGGAGCACGGCGUGGGGACGCGUGUGUUGACCUGCCCAGGCACCAUUGACAACUUGGAUCCAAAUGCGGUUGCAUCAUGUCCUCUAAACGUUCAACCGAGCGCCCCAACCGCCGCCUGCCGCGCCAUGUGCAAGAACGGCUUCAUUGCCAGCACGAACACGUCGACAAGGUUCACGUGCACCAGCAAGCAAGGAUCAUCCAUGGAGGAAGUGGCGUUUUGGUCCGGAAACCUCGAAUGUGUCAGCACAUUUGAAGAAGUGCAAAACGUCACCAUUCCCUUUGCCACCUCUGCCGCAACAGACAUUGACAACCUUGUUGAUGGGGACACUGCGAGCUUCUGGCAGUCGCGAUCAAACGCGUUUGAAUCGUCACUCUUCUUCGACCUGAGUGCCCCGACCACAGUUCGCCGCAUUCGCAUCUACACAAUGCUGCAGGCUGGCGAGGACAGCGCCACAAACGCCAUUCCCCGGACAAUUCGAGUGGACGCUGCGUCCAACAUCCGCUAUCCUUUCGACACGCACGUGGCCACGCUUGAACUCGAUCCCAUCACGGGCUGGCAGGCAUUCGAUGUUGCCACCAAGACGCAGUUUAUUCGCCUCAAGCUCACAGACACGCGCAACGACGCGUUUGUGCGUGUGCACGAGGUGAAAUUUGAUCGCGCGCGUGACGGGCGGGCUGCUGACCCCGUUAUUCCCCCACGGAAUCCCGAUAUUCCGCAGAUUUCCUUCUGCAGCAGCAGCAGCGAGCGCAACGCUUCCCUCGCCGUUCGCGAUGGCGUGACGGCUGGCCUCGUGUUGCAUCUGACCUUUGAUGACGACACGUGCCCGUAUGUGGACCGCGUGUCCGCCCAGCGCGCCCGGACGCUCGGUCCUGUUGACCGCACCGCCGCCUCCAAGAUUGGCACACACGCUGCUGUGCUCGACGGCCAGAGCUCGCUUGUGCUCAACCGUCCGGACGUGUAUGUGACUGCGCACGCCAUCGCCCUCUGGAUCAGACUGGCAGCGCCGCCAACAUCAACACCGCAGUUCAUUGCGGGCGAUUGGCCGCUCAGCGGAGACGCAGACACGCUCCAGUUUGCAAACCUCUUCCUCCGCGAGAAUGAGCUCAGAGAGACGAGCACUCUCAACCAGGCGGCGUCCGUGUCGUGGGAGGCUGGUCGGUGGUACCACAUUGUGUCCCAGCGCGGUCCGUACGACAAAUCGCUCUUUGUUGACGGAGAACGCGUUGCAUUUGACCAGACGGGCGUGGAUGUACCGGGACUCAGGGACGCAUUCUGGAUCGGCAGCAGGGGCGCUGUUUUCAAGGGCACGCGUGCCAACGACAGGUUCUUCACGGGGUCUGUUGAUGAUGUGCGUCUGUACGACCGGACACUCGCGCCUUCAGAGAUCAAGCGCAUCUUCAACGCCGGCUACUGCUCGCCUGGUUCGUACUUUGACCCCGCCAAGGGCUGCCAAGGACACACAGAGUGCAAACCAGGCACCGUUGAGACCACGCCGCCCACGGCCACCAGCGAUCGCGUGUGUGCUCCGUGCCCCGCUGGCUCCCUGCCAGGCAACAACACGUGCGUUCCGUGCACUGCAGGCGCGUAUGUGCCCGCAGGCCGCACGGGGGCGUGUGCUGACUUUGCAUGCAAGCCAGGCACCGUGGACGCCGACGCAGACCCCGCCACGGCGUGCGAGCCGUGCGAUGGGCGCGCAGAGCAUCAGCCGCUGCCGGGACAGAUGUCGUGUACGCCGCACCGCACAUGCGAUGUUGGGCAGGAACCAGACGCAACGCGGCCAGCAAACGCCAUCGACGACACAACAUGCAAGCCGUGCUCGGUUGGAACGUUCAAGAACGUGACGGGCAAUAGCGAGUGUGUGCUUGCAUCGUUCUGUCCUCCAGGAACAUCCGUCCAGGCACAACCAACGGCCAGCAGCGACCGCACAUGCGCCAAGUGCCAGCCGUACACGUACAGCGACACUGCCAAUGCCGAGCGGUGUGACGAGGUGAGCACGUGCACACCGGGCACACACGAGACGACCACCCCAACGUUCACGUCUGAUCGCGAGUGCACCCCGUGUGAAGGCGGCACAUUCUCCAAUGACCAGACGGCGUUUGAGUGCAAGGCGUGCCCAACAACGUGUCCGGGUGGACAUGUCCUCCAGUCGCCGUGCCUGUCCACGGAGGUUGGGAGGGGCCAGAGCUCCUUCUGCACGCGCUGUCCACAGGGCACGUACAGGGGAGCCGACGAUGAGCCGACGAUGUGCUUUGAGGUUACGCGGUGUGGACAGUGGCAGUUUGAAGCAAAGGCGGCCACAUUCUCCUCAGACGCCGUCUGCACCAACUGCACAACAUGCAGUCCUGGACAGUAUGUGUUUUCGCAGUGUGGCGGACAAACGGACACGCAAUGCCGGGGCUGCACGUGCCCUGAUGGGUUUUACUUGGCGGAGGACUGCGACCCAACAUCCACCCGCCCACCGGCGUGUCGUUCCUGUGACCCUUCCUGUGCCACAUGCUCGCAAGCAGGGUCGUGCGACACGUGCGCUGGUGCGCUUGUGAAGCAGCCCGAUGGAACGUGCUCCGAUGACUGCAACACAGAUGAGUUCCGGCCAUCGCCGACUGCAGACUGCACCGCCUGCCACUCCUCCUGUGCAUCCUGCUUUGGCGCAGACGAUUCGCAAUGCUUGACGUGCGACGCCGGCAAAUAUCUCAGCGAAGGCUCCUGUGUUGCAUCAUGUGGUAAUGGGGCGCGGCCUGUGAACGGCGUUUGCGUCCCAUGCGACGAAUGCAAGGACGGAUUCUUUCUCCAGCAAUGCACAAGCAACCCGGACGACGACUGUGCGCGCGUGACGACGUGUGCUGCUGGCACUGAGUUCACGGCUGCCCCCGCCACCGCCACCAAAGACACGACAUGCACAACCUGCAAGACGUGCGACCCUGGCACGUAUCGUGUUGUUGGCACGUGCGAGGGGUCAACGGACAGCAUCUGCCUGCAGUGUGACGGCAUCACCUCAUACCAGGACGAACCAAACCAGCCACGCUGCAAACCGAUGACAUCCUGUCCACCGGGAACACAUGCGGAGAGGGGAACGCCCUCCACCGACAACACAUGUACAGAGUGUACAGCCGGCACCACGGACCACGACUACAACCCGCUGACCGCGUGUGUGCCAUGCACACCGGGAACAUACGUCCCAGCCAACAGCACGGGGCCUUGCUCCCUGCUCGUGUGUCCCGCAGGCACUGCUGAUGACGAUCGCGACCCAUCCACACCAUGUGUUGCAUGCGGCGAUAUUGGCAUGAACAUGUACCAGCCGUCCACGGGCCAGACAACGUGCCUGCAGGCAGACCCAUGCAAGCCGGGAACGCGCGAACUGAUUGCGAGCACGCACACGAGUGCGCCGACGUGCGUACAGUGUACUGUUGGCUACGACUACCAGGAUAAGGCGGGGCAGACGUCGUGCAAACCCGUCACGCGCUGUUCAGAUGGCGAAUACGAGGAAACGGCGCCGACGGCGACAAGUGACCGCGUGUGCAAGAACGGCAACCCGUGUAACCUCAACAGCCAGUACCUGUUGCGGCCCGGCACGCCAACUAGCGAGCCCGUGUGCGCGCAGCUGACGGUAUGCACGCCACCGAUUGAGUUUGAGGCAGCGCCACCAACGCCAACCUCCAACCGCAGGUGCGAUCGCGUGUCGUUCUGCUCCGAGGGCACGUACGAGCAGCGACCACCGACGGCAACAACGGACCGCGUGUGUCAGCCGCUGCCGUCGUGUCCGCCCGGUGAAGGUGUUGUCAGCAACACCAACCCCACCUGCACGCCGUGCGAGCCAGGCACGUUCAGUGCAGACCGGAGUGCGACGUUGUGCCAGUUGUGUCCACCCAACACAUUCGCCGCCGAUCCAGCACAGGCCCACUGCCGCGAUUCCACCAUCUGUCUCGCAAACCAGAUUGAGACCCGGCCAGCAUCGCCAACAGCAGACCGCAUGUGCGCGUACAACGUUGACCUUGUGCUGGUUGCUGCUGACAAUUCAAUCUUUACUGGCGGCGAUGAUGUGGACACAAACGCCGUCAAAUCGGCCGUUGUUUCCGUCGUUUCUCGCAGUGGAAACGCACGUGGCGUCGACGCAGAGGCCUUUGAUACGACGAUUGUUCCAGCGCUGACUGUCCGUUUCCUGACGCAAUCAGAGUCCAAUGCGCAUCAGUUGCGGCUGUGGGCGGACAGCGGCGCGCUUGGCGUUGUGUAUACUGACGUGUACUACACGCUGCGCGUCAACGGGUCCGGCGACCCCUUCCAGCCAACCACCACGCCGGCACCCACCACCACGGGUGCAGUUGUGUGUGGGCCAGGCAGGGAACCACAAGCCGACGGAACAUGCGUAUCGUGCGAUCCAGGCUUCUACAACAGCGAGCUGUCCAGUAGCGGGUGUCUGCCGUGUCCCACCAACACGUUUGCGUCGUCGCCGGCGACAGUCGUCUGCGAGAAGACGUCCACGUGCUCCCGCAGCGAAUUUGAACUCCGCCCGCCAACCCCAACAUCAGAUCGCGUGUGUGAGUUUGGCAUUGGGACAAUUGCAUAUCUGCUGCCGGCGCUGAAAGAGUUCCAUCCUGGUCUGCGUGACCUGGCUGUGUUCGAGUCUGCGGUGCGCUCUGGUGUCGUUGAGCCCAACGCCGCGAAGAAGCGCUACCCGCCUGCAAGCAUCAAGAUUGGCAUCUCAGAGUUUGAGGAUGGGCAUGUGGUUGUGUCGUUUGAUUCGCUGAGCGCGAGCAACCUCGCCUCGCUGAGCACGGCGUUUUACCGCGGAUUCGUGGACAUGAAACUGCGCGGACACAACAUCCGGCUCGCCCUCAUUGGUUUCAACGUGACGGAACCAACACAGCCGUCAACAACAUCGGCCGCGACGACAGCGCCGCAAGGAACAACGCGCGGUGCUUCCUCAUCAAACUCAACCGGAGGUCUCAACAGCACGACGCUGGGGGUGCUGAUUGCUGUUAUUGUGAUUGUCAUUCUGUGUGUCGUCGUUGUCAGCGUCAUGUUUUUCCGUCGCGGCCGCACUGAGACGGCAACGGUGAACCCGUAUCACAGCAGCUUUGUGAAUCCCAUCUACGACACAGCACCAAACGCCCCAGCAACGGACUUUUUUGAUCCUGGCGAGAUGAUGGACGAUCCGGCCACGUACACGGACAUCCCCAACAUCGAGGGGCGCGACGCGAGCUACAUGGAUGUGGAGGCAUGAGCGUGCACCAUUGUUGUCUUCCCUCGCCCUUCUUGUUGUAUUCUUGUGUGACGUUUCAGGAGUGAUGUGAGACUGGUUGAUGGUUUUGUCCUGCCUAAUCUGACGUAGACAUGUCUUUGGUUGUGUUUCACUUCCUUCCAUGUUGCUUCUCUCCCAUGGCCUUGUUGAUUUGCCUUUGCGUUUUUUUUUUUCGUUGGGCGUGUAUUGCUGUGGAGAACAAACAAGUCUUCUUACACACGCACACGCACACACACACACACACAUACAAGCAAACCACGACCACAACCACGCACAUGGUGAUGUCACCACCACACCACCGCUCCACAUGCAGCCACCAACAGAGACACAUGCAAG